CUCACUCUGCCUAGUCCCGGCAUAUCACUAAUCCCCGCCCGCAUAUAUUCAUUCCCCUCAAUUUCUCGCUCGCUCUCGGACACAUCUGCUUUAUGCAUAUUUUCUUGAUACACAGUACUGAUCCGACGUACAACAUCGCAGUGUCACAUUUCAAAUCUCAAAGUCGAAGACGAUACCCCUCCCUCACGCAUCUGCACUGUUUUAUGCCAUGGUACCGCAGCAUUAUUGCAUCGAAUAUUUUGUAUGCAUCCUAUCUCUCAUAUUUUUAUCUAUUUUCCUUUCAUACCAUUAUUUCUCUCUUACUUUUAUUUCCCUCUCGUACCUUUAUUUUCCAUUUCGUUCUGAUUUAUGGCGAUCUGUAUGCUGUAUGCUGUGCCUGUUAUUGUCUGGCUGUGUGCUUUGUAGUUGAUAUAUCUAUGCAUCGAUGAUUUGUGGUUUUUCUUUGCUCGUAAGGUGUAAAGAAACAACCGUGACUAUCUUUUCGUUCGAACAAGAUUAGCCACUGGCUCGAGGAUGUACAGUUUACUGCGCAAAACUAAUUCAAAUUG